GCAACCUUUAACUCUAACAAUAACACCAUUUUAGACGCUUGCUGCUGGUUCUUUGUAUCUUAUAUCUGUAUACUGCAACUAUCCCUGAGAAAACACACGGAUUCUCAUCUGGAAAAGAAAAAUAAGCUAAAGUGAAGAAACUACCAGAUCUUAAUUGUUAUGUAUAUAUACAGGACACAGCAAAGGUCAAAUAUCAAGCAAUGUAAUAAAUCAUCAUUGUCUAUAAUGUUGAAAUAAGGCUGAAAUAUGUUUACAGAUCAAGAAAGCCUCAUAUGUAUAGUAUUCUAUACAAAGAAUAGUACACAGUGAAGUUAAGGCUCCUACUCGUUGAUAUCAGGUAAGUUGAAAAAUUAUAACUUUAUCCAAAAACUAUCUUCAUAGGUGCUUCUUGAAGAACUGGGGUCAAGGAUGUUAGGUAACAUAAAUGAUAGUUAUUUACUCCCAAAAUGGAUAUAACAUGGAAAAAUAAGACAAAUUGAUGUGUAUAGCAUCUAUGGUUUGAGGACAGACUACAUAAAAUGGCUUCACAAGUUGUGGAUAAUGCAGGCAUGGGUAGCAAUUCUAAUCCUAAUUAUUGCAGAGAAAGGAGUAUUGAAGACAGUAUGAGUUUAAAUAUUAACAGUAGUUUGAAGCAUAAGGAGCAUAAUGUCAGCAACAAAUUGACUUCUCAUACAAAUACUUUAGAUGAUAGGGUGGGAGGUAACUCCACGGAAAGUAGAAAACCUGCAGGUGAUAAUUCAUCAAAUGUGGAACUCUUUGCAUGUUCUGUCUGUGGGAAAGAAUUCAAGCUUGAAAAAAGCUUAAUGAAGCAUAUGUGGAUACAUACUGGAGAACAACCCUUUGCUUGUUCUGUGUGUAGUAAAAAGUUUGCAGAAAAGAGCAAUCUUACAAAACACAUGAGAAUUCAUACAGGAGAGAAACCAUAUAAAUGUAAUGUGUGUGGUAACAGAUUUACUCAAAGGUCUAGUUUAUUAUAUCACUCAAGAAUUCAUACUGGAGAGAAACCUCACGAGUGCGAUGUUUGCAAUAAGAAAUUUUUGUCCACUUCUGGUCUUAGUACUCACAAGUUAACUCAUUUAACAUGGAAACCUUAUUCGUGUGAAAUAUGUGGAAAAUUAUUUUCAAGAAAAGAUUAUUUAGGUUUGCAUAGAAUGGUCCAUACCGGAGAAAAACCUCAUGAAUGUUUGGAGUGUGGGAAAGUAUUUACUCAGAAGGGUAAAUUAACAACUCAUAAGAAACUGCAUACUAAUGACAGAAGAUUUAAAUGUGAAGAAUGUGGUAAAGCCUUUGUAGAAAAUUGUCAACUCAAAAAGCAUAUUAAAAUUCAUAGUGGUGAAUUUCAUUUCCAGUGUGAUAUAUGUGGAAAGAGAUUUAUACAGAGAGCCAGUAUGGUUACACAUUUAAAAACUCACACACAAGAAAAGCCACAUGGCUGUGCUGUUUGUGGUAAGAAAUUUAGAAGCAAAAGUGGGUUAUCAAUACAUAUGGCUUCACAUUCCCAAGAAAAGCCUCAUGAAUGUAUGGAAUGUGGUAAAAAAUUUACUUUGAAAACUAACCUCAAGCAUCACUCAAAGAUACAUGAGGGAACAAAAGAUUUUACCUGUAUGGUGUGUAACCAAAAAUUUUUGUUUAAACAUAGGCUAGAACAUCAUAUGAGAAUUCACACAGGUGAAAAGGAUUAUGUAUGUGUGAUUUGUGGAAAAGGUUAUUCCUGGAAACCAAGCUUUCUUCAACACAUGAAUAGCCACAAGACACUGAUAAGUAAUGAAAGUGAGAAAUCACUGUUAAAUAAUGCUAACCAUUCCACUCUAAGUGAACAAAACAAAUCUGGUAACUUUGAAUUUGUAGUUUGUGAGGCCACGGACUCUGCACGUGAAAAUGCUGAGUAUUAUGAUAAUGAUGAAAUUUAUCCUAAUUUUGAGAUGGAAAAUGUUAGUGGAGACCAUGGUAAGUCACUGACAGUUGGUAACAAAGACAUGCCUGCAGUUGUGUGUGGGAUGAAUGCUGCUUCCUGUUCUCUAGGAAAAAAAGAGAAAAACUGUGUUUCUAUUAGUGAUGAUAGUAAUGAUAUUGAAAAUAAGCAUUUAAAUGUGUCUGUAGAAAAUGUUCAUGUCUCAAGAGAAGCUAGGGUGAAGGAAAACAUAGACUCAUCAUCAUUUUCUAAUAUAGUUAACUAUCCUUUAAAACAAGAACCAGAUGUAAUAUAUAUCAAAGAAGAAGAUGACUCAAAGUGGGAAGAAAUUAGUGAUUAGUUAUGGAUCUCUUGUACAGUAUUUAUGAAAUAUGAUAGUAACUUUGUCCCCUUUAAGGGGAGUACCUUGAUGCUGGUGAAGGGCUCUUGAUUCAAGAAAUUGGAGCUGUUAUUAUCAAUCAUUAGUCAUCAUACUCAUAGAAGAAUACCAAACUCAUAAUUAGAGUGCAGUGCCUGGGUAAUUGUAGGCUUCCAGAUGUUAGUUGAGAAAAUGGAGGUACAGCAGACCCUUGGUUUUCGCUUUUAAUUUGUUCCAGAGAGUCUGACAAAAACCAAAUUCCAUGAAAACUAAAGCAAUAUUUCCUAUAAGAAAUAAUGUAAAUCCAAUUAAUCUGUUCCAGACACCCAAAAAUAUUUACAAAAAUACAUUUUAUAGAGAAUAAGUAUGGAAAACAAUGAGAAAUAUAAAGGAACAUUUAAAUCAGUUUUACCUUUACUAAAGACUCUUGUUUGUCCGAACUUGCAGCCUCGCCAUGCCUUAACACACUGUGUAUGCCAGAUCGCUUCUUGAAGUUGUCAUACCAGCCUCUGCUGGCCUUAAAUUCACUAACAGCAGCACUCGUUCCAGGCAUAUUCUUUACGAGAUCCGUAUGUAACUGCCUUGCCUUUUCGCAAAUUACGCCUCCACAGCACUAUCUCCCACUAACUGUUUUUCGUCUGUCCACACCAACAACAACUUCUCAACAUCUUUGAUUGUUUGCGAUCUCUAUUUCAUUAGCACACUUACCCCUAUCGCAACAUCAGAUUCCUUGAUUUCUUUUUUCUUUGCCAGGAUGGAACUGAUCGUUGAUGAGGACUUCCCGUACAUCCUGGCGAAAUCGACCACACGUACACCACUUUCAUACUUUCCUACAAAUUCUUUCUUCUAAUUCUAUCAUGUUUCUCACCUUUAUCAAAGGGCUCGCACUCGGAACUUUCUUUGGCCCCAUGGUGGCUUAUUUAGCAGUCGCACUCAAUAAACAAGCACAAAAAAGUCGAUUAUUGCAAAAUGUUUCGUAUGAACGUGCAAGGUAAUGUUCACUCGACAAGAAACAAAGCCAGACUGACUCUGUGUGUGUGUGUGUGUGUGUGUGUGUGUGUGUGUGUGUGUGUGGGAUACUUUGUGUGGGCGCAGGCUUGCGGACAUGUUCAGUAUGGCGGAUGAAAACUAAGGUGAUGAACGAAAACUGGGACAGUAUUUUGACAACAAAAGUCGUCGAAAAUCAAAUUUGACUGGGGCAAACGAAAACCAAGGUUCCACUGUAAUUCCAAUUUAAGAGCCUUUUACUGCCAUCAAGGCUCCAGCUUGAAGAGUCCACUUCCUCAAAUUAAACCUAAUUACUGCCCAUUAUUCAGGUUCUGUGUAACCUCUUUGGGUUUAGUACCUCCCUAAAAAUAUAAUAACAGCUUUUACAUAUCUCAUUAAUUUUUCACUAUUUUGAAGUCUCUGUACAUUAGGUAUUGAAAGGUAGCAUUUUGAAAGUACAUUACUAUUGUAGUUGAAUGUAAUUAAUUUUGAAAAUAGUUUUAAUGUUUAUUUUCUUACAGUGCUGUAAAGUUUGAAUUAUUUGGUGAAGUUUUAGAACAUAAUAGAGUAGCCAUUGUAAUUUUUUCUUCAUAGAUAUUUUAUUUUCUUAUCUUAAUAAGGUUUAUAUUUAUUAUUUUCUUAAUGAGGUUAUAUUUAUUAUUUUCUUAUCUUAAUGAGGUUAUAUUUUAUGGUGAAUGUCCUUCAGCAUUUCACAUAGUUUAGAAUUAAAGUAAAAUGUGUUUUAUAACCUAUUGCUACGGGUAGGUGUAUCGUCAGAACAGUGAAACGUGAUUUGUGUUGUGAAUGAUUUUAGUGCUUACUAUUUAUGUAUUUUUAAUGAGAAGAAAUAUUUUUAUUUGUACAUUGAUGUUUUAAAGUCAUAUAGAAUUAACCAAAAAUUAGUCUUCAGUGUAAUUGCUAUAAAGUCCUCACUACAGUACCAGACUGGGAACAUGUCAUGGAGCAUUGAUUUUUGUCUUUAGUACAGUAUAUGUAACCUGAUGCUAGGAGAUUUCAUGCAUUGGAAUAUUGUAUUUAAUCAGAAUGUUAAUGGAGGAAAGCUAUUGGAACUUUCCAAAAUGCAGUGUGAAGAAAAAGUGUUCAACUUGAUCUUUUGUGGUUUACUCAGAUAUUUUUAAGCUGUUCUGUACUUUCCCUAAAAAAUGUAAAAAAAUUCUGAUUUCAAGGACAUUUUGAGCUUUAAACAUAAGAUGUUUCCUUGAAUGAAAUGCUCUUUAAGAUAGGUUCAUUUUUACACUUGUAUUUUGUCUAUGAAUAAUUAAGAAGUCUAAUGUGAAUUGAGGAAUCAACAAAACAUUUUAAUUGUUAACAUGAAGGUUAAUGCAAUCUACAGUCACUGUGUCUCAAGUGAAGUGUAUACAGUAACACUAUGGAAUAAUCCUCCUCUGUGUUUUAUUGUAGAGUGCAGUGAUGAACCAUUCCAGCAACUCUUAUCUUUCCCUUCUCUAGAUUUAGCACCAAUUUAAGACAUUAUUGAUGGGGUGUUUUUUUAUAUGUUUAGUUAGGCAAGCGACAUUCAGCUUAACUUCUUUGUCAUUCCUCUGUAAGCAAAAUUACAGAAAGUUAGAUAAAGUGUACUUGUGUAUCUCCUGUUUGAAGUCAAGCGUGGCUUCCAGCAAGGGUGGCUGAACUGUAGCUGAUGUGCUUUCUUAGCUCUGGCGUGAUUAUCAUCCACACGCUUUUUGAUUUGUCAUGUGUGAUCACGUGGCAUAAUUCUUUUAACCCCAAGGAACAAUUAUAUUAUUAACACUAGUAUAAUGACCAGAUUAUUGUAUAUAAACUGUGCAUAGAAAUGGUGAUUUAGUACUAUGUCGCUGUCUCACUUAAAGAAGUGGUAGGGCUUUCUCCUUAUCUUUCCUAACUUUUAAAAUUGAUAUCUUUGAUUUUUAUCAAUGUUAGGUUUUCUUCAUGCUUAUGUGAUCACUUAAUAUAUCAAUAUGCUGAUUAAUAUGUAUUUUGCUUUGCUAAAAGCAACUUUAUUAGCAUGUAGAAUUACAAUAGCUAACCUAAUCAUUAUUAUUUGAAUUAUGUCUCACCAGUUUACUGGGUCAGAUUUAGAAAGAAACUGUCAAGUUUUCUACAGUAAUUGAUAAACUGGGGCAAUUUAUAUAUAGAAAGUAAAAUUAUUUGUUUGGGAUUUGUUAAAAAGACUAAUGUUAUUUAAAAAGUCGAUGGUAAUCUGAGUGAGCAAAUUAGAACAGCUUCACAGUAUAUUUGAGGAAGUAUGAUGUGUAAAAAUGUGUUUGUAUGUACAGUAAUUGUCUAUACUCAGUGUAGUGCCUAUUUGUUGUUAUAUGAAUACAGCGAUGUUUGUCAUAGCCCAUCAUCUUAACUUAAUAUUACACAUUUCAUUUAGUUGUUGAAGCAUGUACUGCCAUAUCCUUUGAGUUCAUUGCAGUCACCUGCUACUACUACUACUACUACUACUACUAUUACUAUUUGAAAAGUACUGUCCUUGUUAUCCUUCCUGCAUUUUUUUAUGAAAUUGUAGUUUUCCCCCCUCGUUGGUGCUUGUUUCCAAAAGUCUUCUUUAUUUCUUUUUUUUUUCUUCCCUUUUAUAAAUGUCGUCAUGUAAUUUUUUUCCUGUUUCCAAAGAUAGAAUUUGUAAAGCUUUAUAAUGUUGAUUUAGAUCGUCAAUUUUAUAUUCAUGAUUUCUUUUGUAACACUUUGAACUUCAUAUAAUUUCUUAUGUUUCUUUAGUUACAGGCACCAUAUUACUGGUACAGAUAUUAGUUUAGGGGUAGCAUAUAUUGAAAAAGGUCUUUUUAUAUUUACCUCUCUGUAUAUUUUUUGAAAGCUGUCUUUAACCCUUUCACUGUCCAGACCCCUGAAAUUAUUGCUGUUCUCAGUGUCCACUUUUUUUUUUUAAUAAAAAUUCUCAAAUGACAAAAUCUUUUUCUGAUAGUAAUGACACCAAAAGUAUGAAAUUUGAAGGAAACCUUUGGAAUUAUACAAGCAUAAUGGUGGCAGUGUAGGGCAGUUUACACAUUGGUGAUUUUGCCCACUUUAAGUCUUAUUUUAAGCCAAUUCUUAGAUAUUUUGCUAGGAUGUCUUUUGCUUAUCAAUAAACAUGAAAAACCAUCCAUUUAACUACUACAACUAUGCUAUACAGUGUACAGUCAGUAAUUUUGCCAGUUUCACAAAAAUAAAAAAAUACCAUUUGAAAAAUGGUCCAGAAUAAACAAUGUAGACAUUCCUGGCACUAAAACAACAUUUCCUCUGUUCAUUAAUCAUGUCCCAGGCCUCUCCCAUAUUACACUUGCCUUUCAUUGUGAAUUCAUAAUCACACAAAAAUAGAAGAUUCUCUAUUUCUCAAAUAAUAAAAUAUAACCAGGAAUGAUUGGUCAUGGUUUAGAGCAUCCCAAUAAUCAAAUCAGACUUAGUAAAAACCCUAAAACAAACUGAGGGGUGUAGGAGAACCUUACCCAUCCUCUGGAAAAUUGGCAAAAAUUGUAUAUUUCUGUUAAUUUAUGCUGUGCAAACUCGCUACACAGACCCUGUCCCAUAUCUCUGCCAAAAUUUACCACUCACAUCUUAUCUGAGUGAGCUGAGCUCACAGUGUAGAACUACAUGACACAUCCUGCCUCAAUGACGUAGUUCUACAUGGCAGCCACUGGAAGGGUUAAGUACUGUAUCAUUGAUAUUAUGUUGUCUGGCACUUAUUGCCAUCAAGUAUGAUAAGAAGAAACUUGGUGUAGAGCAAAUCUGCAUGGCAAUCACAUUGUCCAUAAUUAAGGUUUCCUCCUCUUCAAGGGGGGCUCCUUGGCGUGGUGAAGAGGCUCUUGGUCUGAGGAAUUAGACCUGUCGGUCUACUUCCUCAGACCGAACCUAAUUACCCCCCAAUCCCCCGUUCCCUAUCCCAUCCUCCCCUUUUUCCUUUCCUCCUCCUCCUCCUCCUCCUCCCCA